AUGGAUUCGCUUGCAAAAAUUAAACUUGGCUUGGUGAUUCUAAUUUGCUUCAUCAAGUACCGUCUGAAAAGCUUGUGGCAAAAGUACUAUUUCGGAUACAGGCGACCAACGGUACAACUUUCAGCUGGAAAAGUUCGAGGGUUAACCGAAAGACUACCAAAUGGAGAAGCAUAUCAUUUCUUCAAGGGUAUACCUUAUGCCAAACCACCAAUCGGAAAACUUCGAUUUCAACCGCCUGUUCCAAUUCAAAAGUAUGAGAGUGCAAUGAUUGAUUGUUCUGUGCAUCGAAACGAAUUCAUUCAGUUGAAUUUCCUCACCGACGUCGUUCUGGGAUCGGAGGACGGUCUCUAUUUGAAUGUGUACUCACCAGAGCUUCCAGAUCGAAUGAACACAGCACCUAAUCUGCCAGUGAUGAUCUUCUUAUAUGGGGGUGGUUUUCAAGAAGGCUCAGGAGAUAGCUUCAUCUAUGAUCCAAUAGACUUAGUUCAAUCAGGAGUCAUCGUUGUGACAUUUAAUUAUCGCCUUGGACCGCUUGGAUUUUUGUGCCUACCAAGUGAAGGAAUUUAUGGAAACAUGGGAUUGAAAGAUCAGCGGCUUGCAUUCCAAUGGGUGCAGCAGAAUAUCGUACGUUUUGGUGGAAAUCCAAACAAUGUUACCUUAUUCGGUGUCAGUGCAGGAACCAUUUCUGGACAGAUACAUUAUUUGUCCGUUAAUUCAAGAAAUUUGUUUCAUCGAGUGAUAAGCCAGAGUUGUACGGGAUUUACACUACCAUAUUUGCAAGCAGAUCCAGUUACCAAAUCACGAAAAUUGGCUCAUUUAGUGAAGGGGAGUGAAUUAUCGUCAGAUAAGGAUGCACUGGAUGUCUUGAUGCGAGCCCCAGCUCAUCGGUUAGUCAAGCUGCAAAAUGAAGUCGGCAGCACAGAGGACCAAUACGAAACCUACAAGUUCUACUUUCGAGCGUGUGUAGAGCCCGUAGCCAACGAAGACAGCGUCCUCACUGAAACCCCUGAAACGAUUCUCAAAAGAUAUGACACGUUCGACAUGCCAAUGAUCACCGGAGGUGCUGAUACUGAAGGUGGUUUGUCCGUGUACUUGCUGCUUAACCGUUUGAAACAUAUUAACGACAAUCCAGAACACUACUUGAUCUCAACACUGGUGAGGGAUGCUGAUAUUGCAGAUCGAGACGAUUUAAUUGCAGCAAUUAAAAAAUUCUAUUUUGGAGAUAAAAGCAUCGAUCGCAACAGUUUGCGGGAGCUUAGUGACUUGAUGACAGACGUGGAUUUUGCAGCCCAUCAAAUGGUUGCCACGGAAUGGAUUUCAAAGUAUCAACCCAGGGUGAGGCACUAUAAUUAUCGUUUUACCUUCGCUGGCCGGUAUGGAAUCAUGGACCGUGUUCUUGGAAUGAAAGGCAUUGGAGGAACAUGGCAUGGUGAUGAUGCAUUCUAUAUUUUCAAACCUGGGUUCAUUUCUCAACUCUCAAAACAUUCAGACGAGCAGAAAGUAAAAAAUACAUUCAUACAGCUGUGGACGAGCUUUGCAAAAUAUGGGGAACCCGUCUUAGGCGAUUCUAAGGAAUGCGAAUGGCUACCAGUUAAGACCUGUGAUGGUGAUAUGGAUAUUUUUCAGCUAGAUUGCUUGAACAUCGACGUUGAGACGAAAAUGGUUUACAAUCCAUGUGAGCAACGGGUGGAAUUUUGGAGAGGAGUGCUUAAGAAGUAUAAAAAAGAUUUCUUGUGA